UAAAACCCUUCAACUCCCUCCUCGUCCCCUUCGUUGUUGCCAGCUUCAGCUCAGUCUCGACAUUCCCUUUCAAGACAACACUAUCUUCAUCAUGGCGGACGAAGUUUACGAUGGUGCCAUUGGCAUCGAUCUUGGUACUACCUACUCUUGCGUUGCCAUCUACGAGGGUACCAAUGUCGAGAUCAUUGCCAACGAGCAGGGUAGCUUCACCACUCCCUCUUUCGUCUCCUUCACUCCCGAGGAGCGUUUGAUCGGUGAGGCCGCCAAGAACCAGGCCGCCAUGAACCCGAAGAACACCGUCUUCGAUGUCAAGCGUCUUAUCGGUCGCCGCAUCGAUGACCCCACCGUCAAGAAGGACCAGGAGUCCUGGCCCUUCAAGGUUGUCGACGAUGGUGCCGGCAACCCCAAGGUUGAGGUUGACUACCUCAACGGUGUCCACACCUUCUCCCCCCAGGAGAUCUCCGCCAUGGUCCUCACCAAGAUGAAGGAGAUUGCCGAGGUCAAGCUUGGCAAGAAGGUUGAGAAGGCUGUCAUCACUGUCCCUGCCUACUUCAACGACAACCAGCGUCAGGCUACCAAGGAUGCUGGUGCCAUUGCCGGCCUCAACGUCCUCCGUAUCAUCAACGAGCCCACCGCUGCCGCCAUUGCCUACGGUCUCGGUGCCAACAAGUCCAACAAGGAGCGCAACGUCCUCAUCUACGAUCUCGGUGGUGGUACUUUCGAUGUCUCCCUCCUCAACAUCCAGGGUGGUGUCUUCACCACCAAGAAGGAUCUCUCCGGUGAUGCCCGUGCCCUCCGUCGUCUCCGCACUGCUUGCGAGCGUGCCAAGCGUACCCUCUCUUCUGGUGCCCAGACCACCAUCGAGAUCGACUCUCUCUUUGAUGGUGAGGACUUCAACAUCAACGUCACUCGUGCCCGUUUCGAGGACUUGAACGCCAAGGCCUUCUCCGGUACCCUCGAGCCUGUUGCCCAGGUCCUCAAGGAUGCUGGCAUUGAGAAGUCCGCCGUUGACGAGAUCGUCCUUGUCGGUGGUUCUACCCGUAUCCCCAAGGUCCAGAAGCUCCUCAGCGAGUUCUUCGACGGCAAGAAGCUCGAGAAGUCCAUCAACCCCGAUGAGGCUGUCGCCUACGGUGCCGCCGUCCAGGCCGGUAUCCUCUCCGGCAAGGCCACCUCCGCCGAGACCUCCGACCUCCUCCUCCUCGAUGUCGUUCCCCUCUCCCUCGGUGUCGCCAUGGAGGGCAACAUCUUCGCCCCCGUCGUCCCCCGUGGCCAGACUGUGCCCACCAUCAAGAAGCGCACCUUCACCACUGUUGCCGACAACCAGCAGACCGUUCAGUUCCCCGUUUACCAGGGUGAGCGUGUCAACUGCGAGGACAACACCUCCCUCGGCGAGUUCACUCUUGCUCCUAUCCCUCCCAUGAAGGCUGGUGAGCCCGUCCUCGAGGUCGUCUUCGAGGUCGACGUCAACGGUAUCCUCAAGGUCACCGCCACUGAGAAGACCUCUGGCCGCUCUGCCAACAUCACCAUCUCCAACUCCGUUGGCAAGCUCUCUUCCUCCGAGAUCGAGAAGAUGGUUGAGGAGGCUGAGAAGUUCAAGAGCAACGACGAGGCCUUCUCCAAGCGCUUCGAGGCCAAGCAGCAGCUCGAGUCCUACAUCUCCCGCGUUGAGGAGAUCGUCUCCGACCCCACUCUCUCCCUCAAGCUCAAGCGCGGCCAGAAGGAGAAGAUUGAGCAGUCCCUCUCCGAGGCCAUGAGCCAGCUCGAGAUUGAGGACUCCUCCGCCGAGGACCUCAAGAAGAAGGAGCUUGCCCUCAAGCGCCUCGUCACCAAGGCCAUGUCUUCCCGCUAAAUUACCUUUUAGCUUAACGAAGUGUAUGAUGCUCGCCUUCCAUCUACCAAUGGGCGCGAUACUUGGGAAUAGGAACAGGAACUUUAAUUGAAGGCAGGAUCUUGUCUUGUAUCGGCACGACGUCUUCAUAUACCUCGUUCAUUGGGACCGGAUACUCAAAAGUUGGGGGGGCCAUGUGUAUUUGAUCUGCAUUCUACGGCAUCAGUCGCAGCCCCGGGCAGGGAAUGGUUGUUUCCGAGAACGAAUGACAUACCGGAUGGAUUUCUUUUCCUUGCCUUUUAGCGCCAUUGAUCUCUUUAUUUAUGACCCAAAAUCUCUUCGGCGCAACUGCAUGUAGACUGGGGAAGGUGCAAAAACAAUACAAACGAUGAACAAAACUUA